AUGGCAGAAGCCUCUUUAAAAUCCAAAAGAAAAAUAUGUGAUGAAAAUAGAGCAUUUCAAGACAAUUGGGAAGAAGAAUACUUUGUUGUUGCAAAUAAUCAUCGUUCGACAUGUUUGAUAUGUCGUGAAAGUAUUACAUUAAAAAAAUACAACAUUGUUCGUCAUUACACCAAAAAACAUAAAUCAUUUAAUGACACUUUUCCUCCCAGCUCUUCAAUAAGAUGUGAAAAGUUAACUUUCUUUAAGAAAUCAUUGCAACAAGAACAAAAUGUUAUGUCAGUGGCAAUAUCCCAAGAUUCAGCGGUGACAAGAGCAUCGUAUGAAAUUUGUUACAUACUUGGUAAACAUAUGAAACCAUUUAUUGACGCAGAGAUUGUGAAGGAAUGUUUUCUCAGUGCUUCCAAUGUAUUAUUUGACAAAUUUAGCAAUAAAAAUAAAAUAAUAUCGCAAAUCAAACACAUGCAACUCUCUGAUUCUAUGUGCGUUAGACGAAUUAAAGAUAUAGCAAAACAUCUUUCUGAUCGCAUCAUAGAAGAUUUGAAAAAUUGUACAUUUUUUAGGUUGGCUUUCGAUUCUAGCACCGAUAUUUCAGCAACAUCACAAUGUUCAGUUUACGUUCGAUACUGUACCGAAAAUUCAAUUCACGAAGAUUUUUUGAAAUUUCUUCCUAUGAAGAAUCAAACCAGAGGAACGGAUUAUCUCGAUGUUAUUAGUACAUUUUUAAAAAACAAUGAUAUCGAAAUUAAAAAAUUGGUUUGUGUAUGCACGGAUGGAUGUCCUUCUAUGACCGGACCCGAAAAGGGAUUUAUUUCUUUAUUGAAAAAGAAGUACAAUUUAACGAAUCUCUUGUCUUUUCACUGUAUUAUUCACCAAGAGAACUUAGCAUCACGUAUCUCCAUUGCCGAAUUAGACGCCGUGAUGAAAACUGUAAUAAAUAUAGUGAACUAUAUCCGAGCACGAGAACUAAACCACAGAAAAUUUAAAAAUCUUUUGGAAGAAAUGAACAGUUAUUAUGGCGACGUUCUUUUACAUACCUCGGUGCGAUGGCUAAGCAGAGGAAAAGUUAUCGAACGGUUUUUUCUUUAA